GAGACGAAGAGAAGCAGAAAUGAAAUCGUGUGAGAGCAGAGAGCUGUCAUGAAGUAGAACAGCUGGGUUGUUUAAAGGGACUGGACUGCGUGCCCACGAACACACUACACAGGUAGAGCCUCUGGGAGGCAGCAGGGAGAGGUCAGGAUGGCAGGUGUUGGGGCAAGUGCCCCGGCUAACCCUGCCUGUAAGAUCAUGACCUUCAGACCUACCAUGGAGGAGUUUAAGGACUUCAAUCAGUACCUGGUUUAUAUGGAGUCUCAGGGAGCUCAUCGUGCCGGACUGGCUAAGGUUAUUCCACCCAAGGGCUGGAAGCCACGUCGCAAUUACGAUGAUAUUGAUGAUUUCGUCAUUCAAGCACCUAUUCAGCAGAUGGUGGCUGGCCAAUCAGGGCUCUUCACCCAGUACAACAUCCAGAAGAAACCGCUCACUGUGCAAGAAUUCCGCAGACUGGCCAACAGUGACAUGUACUGCACACCUCGCUACCUGAACUAUGAAGACCUGGAGAGGAAGUACUGGAAGAAUCUGACAUUCGUCUCGCCCAUCUAUGGUGCUGAUGUGAGCGGCACACUCUAUGAUGAGGACAUUGAAGAGUGGAACAUCGGGCACCUGAACUCAAUCUUGGAUGUGAUUGAGGAGGAUUGUGGAGUGUCUAUUCAGGGUGUAAACACACCCUAUCUGUACUUUGGCAUGUGGAAAACCAGCUUCUCCUGGCACACGGAGGACAUGGACCUCUAUAGCAUCAACUACCUACACUUCGGGGAGCCCAAAUCCUGGUAUGCCAUCCCUCCAGAACAUGGGAAGAGAUUGGAGCGUCUUGCUAUAGGUUUCUUUCCUAACAGCUUUAAAAGCUGUGAGGCAUUCCUGAGACACAAGAUGACACUGAUAUCCCCCUCUGUACUAAAGAAAUACAGCAUACCAUUUGAUAAGAUAACACAGGAAGCAGGGGAGUUUAUGAUCACGUUUCCUUAUGGCUACCAUGCUGGAUUCAACCACGGCUUCAACUGUGCUGAAUCCACCAAUUUCGCCAGCAUCCGGUGGAUCGAUUAUGGAAAGGUUGCUACGCAGUGUACAUGCAGUAAGGACAUGGUGAAGAUCUCCAUGGAUCCAUUUGUUAGACGAUUCCAGCCAGAUCGCUAUCAGGCUUGGACGCAAGGCAAAGACUCAUGUCCAUUGGAUCACACCUUGGCCACACCCAGCACCACACCGGAGCUGCAGAGCUGGCUUCAGAGACGUCGCAGGAAAGCACCCUCCACCUCAAGUCUCCAUCAUCCACGUGCAUGCUCCAAACGACUGAAGACUGUGGACUCUGCACCAGUGAAGGGUCGCAGAAGUAGAGGGGCAGCUUUAACAUCGAAAAACGAGGAUAAUGAAAACUCAGAGAAACACCAGAAAGAAUCACAGUACUCAGGGCUCACUGGUCCAUGUCGACAAAUGUGCGUUGUGAAAGUAACAAGAGUGGAGAAUGACUUACUGGCCCACUCAACAAGACAAGUCAAAGAGGAUUCCUCUGAGCAACUCUCCACCUCUCCACUCACCCUCACAUCUAGACAAAGUGACCCUGAUCCAGGUCACCCAAGCUCCCAGACAUCUUUAAUUUUCAAUGAAGAUCGAGUAUCCGCAAACUCAAACUCCACUACACAGCCUGGACCUGAAUCAACCUCAGACAGCAGCGUCACUGUAGAUGUGACUCUGGACUCAGAAAGAACUGCUGAAAGUCCUAAUCAAGCAUUAAACUGUGAACCUGUCUCAGUAACAAGUGCACCUUCUAUUCCUGUGACCCAUUCACCCAGACUUAAUUCCACUGGUGCUGCGGUUUUAUUUUCAGAAACUGAUUCCCAACAAGCUAAAAUUGAAACAGAAGAGACGGUCGCCAAUAUCUUGACUGAGACCAGCAUCGAUUGCGGCACAUCAGCACUUUACAAAGAGCAAAGCUCGAUCCGUCUAGACUCUGCUCUUCAGGGUUUGGAAACCUCAGAAAACAGAACAAACUCUGAAAUCCAGAAUACUUCAUUUUGUGAAAUGCCUCUUCUAAUGCCCGAGCUCAUAGAAGAGAGAGUCAACCCUCAAUCUCUCGCACCCGAAAUGCCCUCACUGACUCUUGCUGUUCGACUCGACACCGCAAAUCACAGACCUCAGAGUCCGAACAGUAAUGCACCUGUUCUCCAUCUGGAAAAAUCACACUCGCCUCCUGUUAUAACAGACGAUGUGGGGACUUGUUCUGAUUGGCCCUUUGUUACACCCCGAGAAGGUGUAAACCAAUCACAGAACUCAAUCUCAGACACCUUUAUAGCAAAACCAGCAUCUCCUUCCUUGGUUCCACAAUGGGGGCCACCAGAAGAGUCUAAACAAGAAGGACAUGAACACAUCCCACUAACAGACCAGGACUCUCAAAAUAAGUCCAUUUCACAGUUUAAAAUCACUACUCAGAGUAUUUCACAAUCUUCUACCAUGGAAGAUGUGGACUUAAUGGACACCCGUGUCUCUGAAAUGGCCAGUAACUCAGUAGAUGGAGAGGACAAACAAACUUCUCUAAGUCUCGAGGAGCAUUCAAGCUCUCUCACAUCCUCCCAAGGUCACUACGUUGAGUCCAAACCUUUCACUAUUUGGAAAAACCUCAGCUCACAGAAUCCUGCAGUGCUCAUUGAGAGCUUGCAGCCUGAGCUGGUAGUUGGUCUUACCACAGGUGUGAGCAGUCUUACAGAUUAUGCCCAUGACUCGCUGUCCUACAACAUGUGGUCGGAAUCAGGGUGCCAACAAGAAAAGUUCUCAGAUUCUCCAAACUCUUCACCAAGUACUCAGACCUGGACCAACCUGGAGCCCAUUCCCAUGCAGUGCUCUGCUGGAGACAUGGCUCCAAAUGCACCUCCUGAUCUGAAGCAGCAGAAUGUGGAGUUGGAAACAGCUGAAGCUUGUGUGCUCAGUGAGCAGGCAGGCUCUCAGGGACCUCAGGAGGAAGAGUUUAAAGAUCAGGAGUAUUACGAAGGUGCAAAGUCAGAGCAUGAUGGGUCUGUGAGUGACUCUGAGUCGUGUGAAUCAGGAGAUAAAGGUGCUGAAAGCAGCAGUGAAUCCAGUGAGGAGAACACCAUGAGUGACCCCGAAUAUGUGGAAACGGGUCUGGAGCCAGGGGAAGUCUGUACUGUGAGUUCUGGUGCUAUACCAUGACAAGAAAUGCAUCUUCCACAUAGCUCUGAGAUUCUGUCCUUAGGAAACAGUGAUCGUGCUGAAAAGACAUUUUGCUGAUUGCUUUGGAUUCAGCUUUAAUCAUAACCUACAGGAUGAACCUGCUCACAUUAAAAUCUCAACGGUCAAAAAUUUUACCUGCAUGUUUAAUAACAGAUGUGCUCUGAUUGGAUUUAGUUUUUCCAUGUAAUUUUGUCUUUUAGGUUAACUCAAUUUAAUUAUACCUAAACAAAAUUUUGCAUACAAACGAGAAGCACAGGCACUGGUGGGCUUAAAAAAAAUCAUUAAUUUAUUUUGUUUAUAUAUAUAUAUUUGAGAUAUUUUUAUGUAUUUUUUUUUUAUUAUUUGUUUUAUAUAUAUUUGUUCUGAUUGGGUUUUGUCAUGUCAUUUUCUCUUUUAGCAUUAACAUAGCUUAACUAAACAAA